CUAGGUGGCGGUGUGAACAGUGUGAUGUUCUGUAACCCGCCAAGAAACGAGCAGAAGAAGAAGAACACGUCCUCGCGCAGCUUCCGGUGUCACUAUGGCGGCUCACGCGAGUGAACUCGAGAUAGCCAAGAAGAAUUUAACUGAUGCUAUCGGAGAUAAUGUCAAACAUUACUGGGCCAAUUUAAAGCUGUGGUUCAAGCAGAAGAUCAGCAAGGAGGAGUUUGACCUGGAGGCGCGCCGUCUGCUGGCCCAGGACAACGUCCAUGUUCACAAUGACUUCCUGCUGGCCAUCCUCACGCGCUGCCAGAUCAUCGUCUCCACCUCAGAGGGCGCGGGGUCGCUGCAGUGGACCGGAGGAUCCGCAUCUAAACCAGGCAAACCCAGCCGAGGCAAGAAGAAGUUUCCCUCCGUCCGGCAGAAAUUCGAUCACCGCUUCCAGCCCCAGAACCCCCUGCAGGCGGCGCAGACCUUCAGCCCGCGAGAGGCGGAGGACGAGGAGCUGCGGCUGAGCGCUCAGACACUGCUGCUGCCCACCAGAGGACAGAUGGAGGCGCGCAUGAUGGUCAGCGCCUUCGAGAUGGGCCUGGACAACGUGAGCGAGGACGCCGUCAGCAGCCUGCUGUGUGCGCUGGAGGUCCAUCUGAAGGACAUCAUCACAGCGCUGGUCUCGCGGAGGAAAGCCUACCGUCUGCGCGACGGACACUUCCAGUACGCUUUCGGCAGUGACGUCACGCCGCGGCCGUACCUGAAGAACAGCCUGCCGGCCUAUCACAGCGUCACAGAAUGCCCUCCGCCGAGCGCAUCACUUCCUGCCGGCCCUCCUCCUCAGGUGUCCCCGGACGAUGCGGAGCAGCAGGCCGCUCUCCUGCUGGCGUGUUCGGGUGACAGUGUCCCGCCGCCGCUGCCGCCCAUCAGCGUCUACGACCUGCUGGAAGCCCUACAGGUCCAGCGCAGGGUGAUGCCGUCCCACAGCAUGUACGCGCUGAACAUGGAGCGGAUCCUGGCGCGGCUCUGGCAUCCCAGUCAUGAGGAGCUGGAGCAGGACCGGAUCCACCGGCAGCACCUCGCCAGCAGAGACGGCCUGAUGGUCAGCUGAGAGACGGCUGUGUGUGUGUGUGUGUGUGUGUCUGUGUGUGUGUGUGUCUGUGUGUGUGUGUGUCUGUGUGUGUGUGUGUCUGUGUGUGUGUGUCUGUGUGUGUGUGUCUGUGUGUGUGUGUGUGUGUGUGUGUGUGUGUGUGUGAGGACGUCCAUCACGGCACCAUGUACAGCAGAGGUCAAGAUCACACACUCAGUGUAGAGGAGAGAGGAAGAUCAUCAUCCAGAGACUCUUACAUCACUGACGCUGAUGGGUCUGUCCUUCACGAGCCCCAUCACAUGAUUAUUUUGAAUAUUUCUGGGCAUUUUUUGUUUGCAGUCAAUAUGAUUUUGUAAAUAUUUGUUCCCUAGUUUUUGUAUGUAAGUUCAGCACAUCUGUGUGUUUUUAUAUCUCUAAAUAAAGCGCAGGUUUCUGUUCUCAUGAA